CCUAUAUCUGUUCCCUCCUGCUGGUGUUUCAAAUGCCGCCUUGAUUCCACGGGGAAGCGUCCUGUUUCCUUGGAGACGCAAACAGCCAGAACGACACCUUGACGUCAUCACUAUGCGUCUCCUCGUCCUGUGGUCCUUUUCAGCCACCGUCGCUGUAUGGUUUUCGCGGCCAUGUUGCUGGAGGCAAACCAUUCGGUUAGAGCAGGGGGGAGGCGGUAAUCGCGCGUGCGUUGUAUUCCACGGGGAGGCGAGCUCGGGCUCAAGUUACCGGAAAAGGAGGAGUUGGCAUUUCCGGAGUGUACCGUUUGAUGUUUGGUUUUAGGUAGGUGUGUGUAAUGCUAAACUAAACGGUGAAAGGUUUAAUAAACACAGCUCCUUCUGCUGGGGCGGGGGCGGGGGCGGGGGCUAGUAACUUGCCCCAAACUGUGCUGCCAGGCGAUAUACCACACCGGGAUAACCAGCAGCAGCAGCAGCUCUAGCAUUAUAUAAGGGUUUUUACUAAUGAGUGUCCUAACAGAAUAUCUCUUACAGUGGGCAGAUCACACUGCCUGUCUGCUGCCAGCUAGUGCUAUUCAUGCAUUCAACACACACAGGGAUAGUGAGAAGCACGUGGGUGAUUUGUUGAUAACAUUGUUUCUCCCCCCCAAACCUUCUUCGUCUACAGCAGGCUUCCCCAAACUCUGGCCCUCCAGAUGUUGCUGAACUACAACUCCCAUGAUUCUAUGAAUGCAAUAGAUAGGCUGAGAAUCAUGGGAGUUGUAGUUCUGCAACAUCUGGAGGGCCGGAGUUUGGGGAAGCCUGAUCUACAUGUGUCAAAGGAUUCAAAGAUAAUCAAGUGUCAGUGUUUUGUUCUGUUUUUGUGUCUGUUUUUUUUUUUUUUUAAAUAAACCCUUAAAAACACUAACAUACAAAACCGUCAACCAAAAAUAUAGACUUUACAUACACACACACAAACGGUGAAUAUCCGUCUAUGUUCUUGUAUCAAGUAUAGCAAUGUUUUGAUAUGUAAAGUAAGAAAAAUCUGGUUUUGGUCCUUGUGGUUUAAUUACUCAUAUUAUUCAGAAAUACAAAAUGCUAUAUUAGUGUGAAGAAAUGCUAAGUACCAUAAUUAUUUUUGUGAAUUUGAUUAAAACAUUUGCUUCCUCUGGCACGAGUGUGUGAUGGUUUUUUUCUUUUUUUCUUACAUUCUAGAGACAGAAAGUGGCAUGGACUUGUCUUGUCCACAGCAGAAUGAGUGUGUCGGUAGCUCUGUGGCAAGCAAAUGGAACUUGGCAGAAGCACAGCAAAAACUGAACAGCUUAGCUCUGCAUAAUUCAGAGUCUAUAGAUCAAGAAAAAGCCAAGGCUAAAGAACAGUUGUCCGAAUUAAAGCGAAGAGAAGAAGAAUGGAGGCUGAAAGAAGCAGCUUUACCUCCUACUGAAACCUGGGGACUGUCCGCUUCAGAUUUCCGUAGUCAAGAUGUUUUUAAUAAGGUACCUAACUGUUUCAAUGCCAUGUAAACAUUUAGUUCCAAGUGUAACUGUUAGUAUACAGAACACACUUUCUGAUAUUAAAAUGUAUCCAUGCAUUGUGCUAUCAGAAACGCUUGCAAAUGUUUUCAUGUGAUGAAAACGUGGUGCCUCCCACACUUGUCAAUCUGUUGUCGGCACAGAAGUCUGUGCCAACCGAGUAGCUUUCUUUGCCAAAAAAAUGUGUGACCAAGGAGAGCAGCUUUAGUCUUUUAUGAGUAGUUCUCCUUCUCUAUCUCAGCAACUACAAUACAAUACAUUUACAGCAGCUUCUUUGAUUAAACCUCUAGUAAGUGUGCCUUGAACGUGCUAAAGGAAUUUAGAAACAGAGUGCCAGACAUUCUGACACUAGUGAUCUUACAAUGACGUGUAUUUGAAUGUAUGUUGCUUUUCUUUCCAGGCUUACCUGAUCCCUAUGCUCAUGUAUUCCAGUAAAAUAUAGUCAUAUACUAGGCAUUUUGGAAAUAAGUAUAGGCACACAUAUCAUCUGUCUGAUACUGACACUUUUCCAGAAUUGACAUGGUUGGAUAAAACUUUAUAAAUCACGUAACACUUUUUUAUAUAAUGUGUAUAUAACCACUACACCAGACUGUACAAUGUGCUGUAUGUAUCGGGAGUCUUUCACAUUUUUGGCAGUUUACAGAAGUGACAAUUUCAGUAGAAAACACUUUUUUAGAAUUGGGGUCAGAAACACCUUUGUUCUGAUUCCAUUAGCUCCAUAGAGUUUACAAAGUGGCAGGUACUCUGGGCUAGAGCACACCUGCCUUUCCCCCGUAUCAGUGUGCUAUACUACAACUUAUUGAGAGGCAUAGGAAAGCCGCAAUGUGUGUGCGCUUGUGGCUCAACAAGUAGUCUCUGGUACAUUCCCUGGCACAGGUCUACGACCUUUGCAAGUUGUGUUUUUUUUAAAGCUAUCCCCCCAAAGAAAACAUGCAGAAAAAAUACAUGCGUGUUUUCGGUGGGGUUAUGUCUACUAAAUUGUUUUCAAAAAAAUUAAAAAUCAUUGGAGUGUUCCUUUACAUGUAUACUUAAAGGAUCACUAUAGUGUCAGGAAACCAAACUCGUUUUCCUGACACUAUAUAAUCUUUAGGGGACCCUCACACUCAGGGUCCCCCUCCCACUGGGCUGAAGAGGUUAAAACCCUGUUCAGCCACUUACCUUAAUCCAGCGCUGGGCUCCCUCGGCACUGGUGACCUCUCCUCCCCCGCCGACGUCAGCUCCCGAGUGGAACAGAAUGCGCAUUCUAACAGUCCAUAGGAAAGCAUUUCUCAGUGCAUUCUUAUGGACGUUCUGCACGCUAGAUGCGAAUUUCGCAUCCAGUGUCGCAGAAGCGCCUCUAGCGGCUGUCAGGAAGACAGCCACUAGAUGUUGGAUUAACCCUGCUAUGUAAACUCUGAAACUGCUAUUUUUACAUGUCAGGUUAAAACCUGAGGGACAUCGCACCCAGACCACUUUAUUGAGCUGGGUGACUAUAGUGUCCCUUUAAAAUUUAGGAGAUUGCAUCAUGAUCCAGUUAAGACAAGGCAAAGCCAGGGUACAAAGGACAGAUUUUUUUAAUCAUGAUUGACCAGGAGCUAAGAUUGAAACACUUAUUUGCAUGGUAGGAAGUUGUGGUUUUCUGUAUUUUAUUUUUCACACUUCGCUUAUACAUAUUUGUUAAAUGUAGAGCUUUAGCAUUUAAGUUAAGCAUAAUAUUAAAAAUCCUGGUAAGUGGCAGUUGCCUUUUAAAUGUAAAUGUCUGCGGUGUAGCUCAGUUAAAAACAAGGAUUAUUCACCAAAGGCUGAAUUUUAAAGGAACACUUUAGGCACCCAGACCACUUCAGCUUAAUGAAUUGGUCUGGGUGCCAGGUCCAUCCAUUUUUUUUUUUUAUAAACAUAGCAGUUUGAGAACCUGCUAUGUUUAUGUAAGGGUUAAUCCAGCCCCUAGUGGCUGUCUCAUUGACAGCAGCUAGAGGGCUUCCGCUUUUCUCACUGUGAAAAUCACAGUGAGAAGACGCCAGCGUCCAUAGGAAAGCAUUGUGAAUGCCUUCCUAUGGACUGGCUGCGCGUGCGGCUCCUGACGCGCAUGCGCAUUCAGCCGAAGAGGAGGAGGAGAGCUCCCCGCCUGGCGCUGGAGAAAGAGGUAAGUUUAACCCCUUCCUCUCCAUCCAGCCUGGCGGCACCCUCAGGGCACUAUAGUGCCAGGAAAACGAGUAUGGUUUUCUGGCACUAUAGUGGUCCUUUAACAUCAAAUUCAGACCGAGAAAUUUAAACUAGAUUGUGCAACAUAGAGCAUAGUAUUGACCACAUGUGAAUUCCCAAAAGCAUAUAAAUAGGUCUGCCAACUGUUAGCAGUACGUGCUCAGUGUAUUAAAAAACAUAGCAUUGUUAAGGAGGAUGCCAAAAUUAUCUGCAUACUUUCCAUUACAUAGAGAAUAAAAUUGUAGUGUAGUUCCAGACCAGUAUUUUUUAUUCAACAGAUUUAUGUGUAUGUACAUAUAUAAGUGUGUAUUCAUCCACUAGACACCAAAUAUGGUGUUCUGACUAUAGCUCGGUAUUUUUAUUUCUUAAUCAACACUUUUUGCUUACAUUUUGCUAAUACAUAUUUAAUUCACCUCAUGGUGUACAGUGAACAAACCCUGUUGAUUUUAAUGUUGGUGAAUUAAACCAUGCGAGAGGAAAUUAUGGAAACUGAACAAAUACAAACUGAAAGAGAUGCAUAAAAACCUGUUACAGAUCUGUUAUCUAAUGCUAAGCCUGAUGCACUUUAAUAAUACACAAUACACUGUUAAAUCAUUUUUCUAGGAACUAAUUCUGUUUUUUACUUCCCAUUGAUCAGAGCUUUAUUAAUCAUGUGAAAAAUAGGAAGGAUGAAGAUCAGCCUAGAAGUUUUAUUCAGAAAUAUGAAGAUAAAAUUCGACAUUUUGGUAUGCCUUCAAUCUUGUACAUUCUGCAAUGCAUACUACAUCUUUGCAUGUCAUGUUUUCUUGAUAACUAUGGAAAUUGUAAUUACUAUUAUUUUUUUAUUUCAAAUAAUAGUUUCAUUUUGUGAAGAAUAGUAGAAUACAAGUUAAAUGGUCAGUAAGUAAACGUCUGUAGGAAAUUGCACAUAUGCAACUUCAACUUUCCACUAUAUAUUGGAGAAAUAAUAGACGGGACAUAUAAACUAGUAUAAAGUAUAAAUUGUUUUUUUGUUUUGUUUUUUGGCAUAUCUGUAUAUGAUAUAUGUACCAUGUAAUAAAAACUUCAGGGAUGAAGUCAGUGCAUGUUUCAGAAAUAAAAGGGAGUCACAAUGGAAUAUUUCCAUCAUGUGUGUUUUAUUUGUUUAUUUUGAAAGGCGCUUAAAAGUUGAGAUUUAGUAAGAGAUGUAUGUAAGAUGCCCUAUGGAGAGUCCCCUGUAAAAAUAAUUGAUUGCUUGAGGAAAUUACUUGGUGAGGUAAUGAGAUAAAAAGAUAAUAAAGGCAUCACAGCAGUGACUGUUUUUCCCGGUUAUAAAAAGAAAAAAAAAUCCAUGUUUGUUUGAACAAGGUUUUUACUUGUCCUUACUCAAGUGCUGAAAAUUACUCAGCGCUGCCAGCCGCUCUGCUUCCUGCAACAUCAUCCAGCACUCAAGCCGAUAACCAAUCCAAUGCUCCUCAUAGAAAAGCAUUAAAUUCAAUGAUUUCCUACUACCUGUAACCUCAUGUGAUCGAGUGGCUGUACCUCUAGUGGCUGUACGCAGGGCAGCCACUAGAGGUGUGUUUAACCCUACAAUCUAAAUAUUGCAGUUUCUACAAAACUGCAAUGUUUUACAUUCCAGGGUUAAAAUAACAGGACAAUUAUAUCUAGACCACUUCAUUGAGAUGAAGUGGUAUGGGUGACUUUAGUGGUCCUUUAAAUUGCUGUUGGCAAAUAGAUGUAUAUUUAAAUAUGUCAUGUAGAUCUAGCUAUUUGCAUAAUUUUUUCUUGAAGUGGUACAAACCUGCAGAUACCUGAUGGGUUUAACUUCUUCAUAGUUACAACAAAAUCAAUGUCCCUUUAAUUUCUGUGGGUUUUUAUAUAACAGUGAGACAGCCACUAGAGGCUGGAUAAACCCUCAGUGUAAACAUAGCCAUUUCUCUGAGACUGCUAUAUUUUCAGCUGCAGGGUUAAAAAUAGAGGGACCUGGCACCCAAACCACUUCAUUGAGCUGAAGUGGUCUGGGUGCCUAUAGUGGUCCUUUAAACAAUUUGAAGGCUGGUUAACACUGGUAUGCUGGUUCCAGGAAGCUCCAGACUCCAUAACCACUUAAUUGGGGUGAAGUGGUUAUGAUGCCUGGAGUGAUCCUUUAAAACAGAAAUGCUUAUGUUCCUUUUUCACCUCCUCUGCUAACCUAUAUAGUUCUGACAAGCAUCCUGGCUGAAGUGACAUCUCUAAUUAUAGCGCUAUUAUUGUUUGUUUGUUUUCUAGGCAUGCUCAGUAGAUGGAAUGAUAGUCAGAUUUUUCUGUCGGAAUAUCCAGAUCUUGUAUGUGAGGAAACAGCUCAAUAUCUCCGUUUGUGGUGUUACCAUUUAGAAAGUGAACAGGUACUAUCACACCACAGGUAUAAUUGGAAUCUGUUUCUGUAAUUGUAUUAUAUUGUGAAUCUGAUGAGUGCAAAAGGCUAUAUCAUGAAUAAUCAUAUCUGCACAAGAUUAAUAUAAGGACAGAUUAUUUAAAAUCGGAGUCAUUUUUGUGUGGGAGAGAGAUGUACACUGAGAGAAGUGUAAUAAAGCACACAUGCUGUCUGAAUUUCUUUAUCAUACACUGAAGAACUAUCUUUUGAUAUGGUGUACAAAUAUAUGGCUGUAUAAAGUUGUAUAUAAAAUAUUUUAAGCUUGUUCAUGCGGGGUCCUCAAUCUUUAGUUACUUGUUAACAUUUGUUAGUUUGUUUCCUAUUUCCUGAUAUAUCCCCACAUCAAAAUGUGAAAGUGCUGCAGAAUAUGUUAGCACUAUAUAGAUGCCAAUAGUAAUAAUUAAUAUUAAACUGUUGCAAUUCUUCUACAUGUCGACGGUGAUCACAUUCUUAAACUCUCUCUUUACCCACAAUUCCAUGUGUUCAUAUGUCCACUUACUGAAACCUAAUCUGUCACAGAAUACUCUUCUCUUUCGGCAGAUUAGAGUGGGUACUCGGAAAUAGAUUUUGCAUACUAAUUUUUUUUUUUCUUCAAACAUCUGCUCACUCUAGGUCAGUGUAUAUAAAUCUUUAUAGACUUGAGUAAAAAUUAAUAGGAUGGAAUUGGGACUUUGCCUUGUAUUACUGAUAAGUCCCUUUAAAGUAAUACCCUUUUUAUGCUAUAUUCAUCAUAAAUAAGAUAAUAUUACAAAUAUGCAAUUCUGUGCAUCUCAGACAGACAUUGAAAACAAAACAAUAAAAAUGGAGACAUUUUUUCUAGUACCACUGGGUCAAACAGUAGUAAUGGAUUUUAUUUUCUCUGCUCAUCUCUCUCUCCUUUUUGUCCUUGGUUUUGCAAUUAGCCUUGAACCUCUGUGUCCUCCAAAUUUCAAAAUUCUACCUCUGGUCAGAGGAGUAGCAUAUUUCCUUCAUGCGAGAUCAUGUUCUCAUUCAUUUUCAUUUUUCACAAUGCUGCAAAAAAUAACAAUUCUUCACGUCAAUUCUGUUUUCAGUUUGGCAUUUUUGGUCUUCGAAUUUAAAAUCCCAGCAAAAUUCUCUCUUUAGUGAAGUUAGUUUCCACUUUAUCCCCGAUGGUCUCUGAGGUGGAUACCUCCCCAGCCUUUUGCUUCCACUGUAUCUAGUGUAUAGAUGCUAAUUGUUUCAUAGAAAACAUAUUAUGGGAGCACAUAGAAGUAAGUGUAGUGGCUAGGUUUGCAGUUUCAGCUUGCUUAUUUUUUGUGAAUAGAGAAGUAAAAUUGCACAAAUUUGUCCAACAAAAUGUGUGUAACUGCAGAGUCCAACUUCUCUAUAAUUACACUGCUUGUGCACUUAAUUGCCUUCACUGCAAAGCUGUUUUUGAAGCAUCUUUUACUUUAAAACAUAGCUUACUGAUCAUAGAAUGUCAAGUCUGCUUUAAUGGAAUCUCUGCUUUUUUUUUUUUCUUACCAUUACAGAAAACAGCACUUAUGGAACAAGUGGCACAUCAAGCAGUUGUAAUGCAGUUUAUUAUUGAAAUUGCAAAGAACGGUAAUGUGGAUCCAAGAGGAUGUUUCCGUUUGUUUUUCCAAAAAGCCAGAGUAAGUAGUAAUUUUGUAUUUUUAUUUAUGUAUUAUUAUUAUUAUUAUCAUUACUGCACAACAACCAAGUGUUAGACCGUAUUCAAUAAAAGUAGUUGGUGAUUAUGGAUCGACCGAUAUUGAUUUUUUUUUUUUUAGAGCCGAUACCGAUAAUCUGUGAACUUUCAGGGCGAUAGCCGAUAACUUACCGAUAUUCUAUACAUUUACCAUUUAAAAAAAAAAAAUACACUAUUUCUAAACAAAUCUACUGUUAGCUGAACAUGUUUAUUAUUUAUUUCUUUUUUUGUAAAUCUUUUUUUUUUUUUUUUUAAAUAAAGUCAGUGCACACAAUAUACAUGCCAGUCAGAAUUUUUUAUGUUUUCAAGAAUGUGUGUGUGUAGUGGAUGCAGUGAGAGUAUUUGAUUAGUAGAUGCAGUGUAUGUUAUUGUAGUGGAUGUAGUGAAUGUUUGUGUAGUGAAUGCAGUGUGUGUGUGUGCUUGUGUAGUGCAUUUAAAAAAAAAAUAAUUUUAAUUAUGUUUUAGUCCCCACUCACUGCAUCUUACCUGGCCAGGGAGGGGGGAUAUGUCAUUCCCUGGUGGUCCGGUGGCAUGGACUGUGCAGAGGGGGCCCAGCACCCUCUUACUUACCUUCCCAGCAGCUCCCUUCAGCUCACCUGUCUAACUCUCGGGGCUUGCAUGCCACGCGGAGCAUUGCUAUGGUAACCCGUGGCAAUGCUCUGACGGCCGCGGGACUCGCGAAAGUUAGACAGGGGAGCUCCUUGGAAGGUAAGUAAGGUCCGCCGCUGGCCCCCCAAGACGCUGAUGGCACCCCUGGUCUGCAUUAUUGGCAAUAUUUUAAUCAUUUUUUUUAAUUAUUAUUCUUUAUUUGUAUCAAAGGUUUUGAUUUUAGGUGGGGGUGGGGGUACAGAAGAAAAGUGGGAGAGGGUGGGGGUUCAUUACAUUCUUCAUACAUUUUGUGCAGGUUGUAAGUUUAAUAGUGAGUAACAAGGCAGUAGGCACUUCUUUGGUUAAUUGCCAAUAGAAAACCAUUAUGAUGCGUAAGCCACAACUUGUUUUACAAUUCUGGUAAACACUUGUAGGUACAGUAGAAAAGCUUGGUUAUUUGAGUACUUGUGUCAUAUUGCGAGUGACUUUCGGUCCUUGUAGUGUCUGAGGUGGUCAUGUCUCGUGUGUGUAGUUGCGGAUUUCGUCUGUCGAUAGUUUGUAUUUUUCGUGUUUUCUGCAUGUCUUUUCUAGUUUCCAAGUCUAUGUGUGUCUUGGUCGGGGAAGGGGAGUGGUGGUAGUGGGGACAGUGGUUAGUAACUGUCUGUAAUAUCUGUAUCUUUAUUUACCGAUAUUGCUGAAAAUACAUAAUGUCGGCCGAUCAUAUCAGCCAGACCGAUAAUCGGUCGAUCCCUAUUGGUGAUAUAACCUUUUAUUGAAUAAGGUGAAAAAUAAGUGACAAUGCAUCCUGUGCUGCUAGUGCAGUGUUAGCUGUAUGACCAACUUUGUAGUGGUCACAAAUAUUGACAUGAAAUGGCACUGAGUUCUUCAUACAGCUACAAACUUUAGUAAAAAGGGUAUGUAUAUUGCAGUCAAAUGUAGGAUACACUAACGACUUCUUUUUGUUAUGUACCAGUCGGCUUGUGAUAAAUGAAAGUUUAAAAAACAAACAAAAAAAAACGUCCAUUUGCCUUGCCAUACCAUUUGCCAUUGGUCUAAUGGGAAAGGCAUCAUGUGGCCUGAUGCACAAUAUAUAUCUGUGGCUUCUCAUUUUCUUCUUAUAUUUUUAUUUCAGAAGCAAAAGUGGUGGGUAAAAACUCUUGAAAGUUGAUCAUUAAAGUGGCAGAAUAUUGUGUAAUAUAGUGUAAUUACCUAUGUUGGUAGAUUGUGUUACACAUGGAGUCCUUGUUCCAACAGACUUUGAAAUAAUAAUAAAAGAAACCAAAAUCCCAGCACUCGGCACAAUAAGUGGUAUAAUGGUGAUUUACUUGGUCGUUUCGGCGCACCAUGUCUUUCUCAAACCAUAGAAAUGUUCAUCAUACUUAAUAUUAUAUUAGUGAACAUUGAUUGACAAACCAAUCACAGAGCAGUGCAAAAGAUUCAUGCUUUUAAACCAUCAUGAAGGUGAUUUGCGAAAUUAACAUUUAUAUUGUCUUAAAGUGACAUUGCAAUACAGAUAGACAAUAACUGUGAUGCUUAAAGUGAUAUAUAGCAAACAAAAUAUUGGAAAAAAUAACAGACAUCAUUAUUAUUACGAAGGAUCUACAUAUGUUCAGCAACACACCAUAAUGCUAAACAACUUGGUGGCAUUCCAUGCAAUAAUGCAUCCUUGUGCAUACAGCAAAUGUUUCUUUUUAAAUGCUUAUAGAAAUAUAUACAUUUUAUAUAUAUUCAAUAAAAAUCUAAUAGUACAAUGACCAUCAUUUGCCUAACUAAAGAUCACCCACCCCCCACCCCAUUUGUAAGUCCACCCAGUGAAUUUUAAAGCACAGUUUGUUUUAAUAUAUUUCAUAGCUGAGGACGCGUCUACUUCAGGCUACUGUAGUGCUGAAGGUUGCCUAUCACUGGUCUAGUUAUAUGUAAAAUGCAUACACUUUUGCUAUUUUUCUGUUUUCUGUACACCCCCUGCAGUUUGAAUGUAGGAGAUAUUACAACUCCAUUUCUCCCUUUUCACCAGUUAUGUGGUUGCAACAAUGCACUGUAUGCCUAUUUUGAAGAAAUAAAUCAAGACCUUAUUUUUUAAUUGAGUCUUCAUAUGAGCAAUGACGGCAUGUUUGCACAUUUUUUGUGGCUUAAGAAAGACACUUCUCACAUCAAAACAUUGCCAUUCUGUGAUGACUGAAUAAACCAGCAUUGUAUCACUUAUUUUGCUGUGCCGAGAUUUUAUUUUCUUUUAUUUGGCAAGACAGUCUAGCUAGAUCAACAGUAAUAUAUAACAAUAGUAAUAACAUUUAUAGGGUUUUUAAACUGAAAGGAAGUCCACUUUGAAUAGUCUGUGAAAAACACAAUUCAUUAUGAAUGUUAUGCAAGAAAGAUACGGUUUUCAAGCAGCUGUCCGAGGAGAGAGAACGUGCUAAUUGUUGGAACACCCGUGGUAGAAGGCUGGCAAGCAGCUGCGUAUAUCUGACUCUUUUCUUUUACUGUAAUAAUCCCAAGAAUUCACAAUGCAAUACCCUAUUUCUGAAGAGAAAAAAAAAUGAUAUAGAGACUGAGAGAAAGUGAGUGUUUGUGUUAAAAUCAGAAAAAUAAUGAAAACUUAAGUAGAUUUCAAUAUUUGCAUUUUCAUCACUUUAUAACUUUUUUUUUCUGCAGCAUCCCCUGCUUAGUCAUUUAAUGUUUCCUUUUACAAAAAUAAGUCACAGUUUUGCUUUUUGUGUACAAAUAUUUUUUUCUUUUAUUUUUUUGUUAAUUUAUAUAAACUUGCAGUUAAACUUUUAGUUAAUAUAUGAAUUAAACAAAUACAUGGAUGUAACUGUUCUGGAGCAAAAUUGCAUUUCUUUAUGAUCCAUUAAUACACUUUUGAUUCACGCAAAACAAUUAUUUUUGUGUCUACUGUAAUAAUUAGACAAAGGAAGAAGGAUAUUUAGAAGCCUUUAAAAGUGAACUUGAAGUAUUUAAAUCAAAAGUUCGCAUGCAUGCUGAAUCCCAAAGAUACGAAGCCGCAGUGUUCCAGAAUGCAUCAUUUUCUCCUGACAUGUAUUUACAGCCGUGCCAUCAACAAGUAGGUUGUUUUACCAUUGUAGGUUUUGCUCAUGUAUAUGUUUUUCACCCUCUAACAACUGUUAUAUUCACAUAUGUAAUUUGUUCUAAAACGGUCUGUUUUCUGUGUUUUCUAAAAAAAAUUCAGCUUAUAUAUAAUUACACUAUAAUCCGUUCAAUGAAUACUUUUUACUGAAGCCUGACUGAUACUUUGAUAUUGAGAAGGAAUAAUUUUGUCUAAAAGUGUAAAGAGUUUGUAUUUUCAUGACUUCUUUGGUAGCAGUAAUUCAAAUGUGUAAUCGGGCUGAACCAGAAUUUAUGUUCAAGCACUAAAUAAAACCUGUUUCUAUGUAUAGUAAUAUUCACGUCUGGGCAUAGCAAAUUAACAUUCUCUAAGGCAGCAAUGUAACCUUGGUUCUCCACAUGUUCUUAAAUCACACGCUCACUUGUGUUUGUUUAGUGAACUGAAAAUUGACUGGGAUAUGUGAGAUGGAGAAUGGUUUUCAGUUGAGCUACAAUCCCCCACAUUUACCAGCUUAGUGAAUUAACAGCAGUGUGUUGAAAAAGAAACUCCAGCAACCCUAAACACUACAGUUUACUGUUGUGGUUAUGGUGACAGGAAUGCCCUGGUACAGUCUCUCUGUAAUUUGUUAAGGUAUGUUAGAAUGGUUUGGUCACUUAACCUGGGCACUUGCAACAGGAGAAGCUGGGUGCCUGUCUAAAGCUAAGCACAGCCAAUGCAGGAGCAUGCUCAUUUUCUCUCAGCAGUGGCUCUGCUGGAUUCUCUUAACCCCUUAAGGACCAAACUUCUGGAAUAAAAGGGAAUCAUGACAUGUGUCCUUAAGGGGUUAAAGGAGAAUUUCAGAAGCAGGGGUUUUGGCCAUUGGUAGCAUCUAGGUAAGUUGUCAAUUGUGCUCAAACAGUUUGAUAAAUUACACUGGGAUUGUGUCAGUGGGCUGUUGUACUGACUGAAGCCUCUGGUUAUAUCUCCACAACAGUGUCUGCAUUGAAUUGCAUUUAGAAGAAAAUAAUUUUCUUCCUUGCAUCAUAUAUUGCAAAUAAUCUUCUGAAAUAGAGGUAUUACCAUACCAAAGCCAAAUACUAAACUGAUUCUGUAUGUUUAAUACAUCUGGCCACUAAAAUUUUCAUGUGAAGACAUUUUGUUUUUUUGUUUUUUAAAGGUGGUUGUGUUCAAAUUAUAUUGACUAAAAUAUCUAACUAGUGUAUGUUGGCAGACACAAGACAAUGUCAGGUGGGAUUAAAAGGGUCAUUAAAAUAAUAUAAUAAUGUCCUUUUAGGAGUCACUUUUAUAUUUAAAUAUAGAAACAGUAGCUUUGUGAUGUUUCCGCAUGUGAAGUCUGCAUUGUCCUAUGGCUGCAGCUUAUUAUAGUGAUUAUGGUGCAAAAAAAAAUCUUUUUGUACUACAAAGUGGUCUGUCAAGCAAUUUGAAUAGUGUGAUAAAAACAUAGCUCUUAACCUAGCCUCCUGCUCAAACAAUGCAUGACUUUCACUUCUGCAUUAUCUGGCCAACCUUACACAGCAUUGAUACACAGCUAGCAUUGCAUGGUUUGUCAGUCCAGGUUUAUAUCAUUAAAAUUAGCUUCCUCAUUACCAGUGUCAUAAAUGGCUCCGAUAGACCGUGUGCAUCAUAAUCACUCCAAUAAUAUGUGGUUGUGGUGCUUAGAUUUCCUUAAACCAUAUAAAAUAAUAAAAUUCACACUUAAAGAAUUUGAUAGCUUGAGCUUACAUGUGACUUUUUUUUUAUUUUUUUUAUAUCCCUCUAGAAUGUUUUCCAAAGUCAUCCAAACCUCAGUCCACAUCAUUUCAACCCAAACAAGCAGACAGAAGAAGAGGAUUCCAAACUCAUGGACAUUCUGUAACACGGAUACAUUAUUGCUACAUGAACUAGUGUGGCUGUAUUCAUAUAAGUGACAUUUACUACUACUCAAUGCUGCACUUUAUUCCUUUUUAUUUUUUACUAACCCCCUGAGGGUAAUUUAAGUCCCUGAUAAGUUUGUGGUGUCUUACAGCGUGAACGUUUUGCUGCUAUCUGUCGUACAGGAAAAUGGAAGU